AUGCUUAGCUGUCAGCAAGCCUUUGAGAGACCGUUCAGACGGAGGUCGAGCUUUGCGCUUGACCAAGUAAGAACUAGCAGCUUGCAAGCUCGCGCAACUGCUAAGCUUGCGGAGAUGCUGUUCGAUGUGCCCAAGCUCAAGCUGGCCAUCAACCCGCCCAUGCUGUUUUUGCAUCCGACAGAUCCGAUAGCUAGACACACAGAGCCUUCAGAAGACACGAUACUGCAGGGCGAGAUCACUUUGACGCUGCCAAAGAGCAGAGACCUCAAGGACGGUCUCGAAGUCAAACUCAUCAUCACGGCCGACUUGUACGUACCCGACAGACCGCAUGACCGUGCCAUUCUCUGGCAGCAGAAGCUCGUCAUCACCCCAGGUGCGCUCGACAAGGGCACGCAUGUCUUUGCCUAUACGUUCGUCGUGCCUGCGAGCGUACCUUGCCAUGAGCGGUGUCGACAUGGCAAGAUCAUCUCAAAAGUCACAGUCAAUGCCCGAAGCAUGGGCGCGCUCGGCUCCGAUCUCACUGCGGAGCGUUACUGUCAGAUGAUCAGCAAUCCAGCCGGUCCAACAGAUGCGCCGCCCGGCCUGACGCUUAAUAUUGAAGAGUACACAGACGAGUUGGGCCCGUACAAUAUCGCUGUCACGGCGGAGCAUCUGACAAUAUCUGGGCUCGUGCUAUUCUCACUGUCGCUACCUUCGCCCCCGACCGAUGUCACCCUGAUGUCUGUGUCGGCUUAUAUCGACCAAGCUUUCGAGUUGACGCCUUUGCGCUACUUUGUGUUUGGAGCGCCGGCACCGCCAGCAAACAAAAUACUACAUCCUGCUACUAUCCGGCGGCCGCUCAUCAGGCUUGACGGGGUCUCAGAACACGCCCAGUCCGAUGCCUCUCCCACGACAGUGCCUGUACCCGACCUGCCCCGUCGAGUGCCCUCUGCCCUUGCACUGAACGGCUAUGACGACGAGGACGACACGGCAGAGCGCUUUGCUACCGAGCUUGCAGAAGCUGCUCGCAACCGGAAUCGUAGCGUCUCCCAGCAUCGCCGAGCCUCGGCCUCGCCCGCUGGCAGUCGCGGUGUCUCGCCACACGCGACGCGUCCCUCGUCGCCAACGCACGAAUAUCUUGCAAACGGAGGUCCGAGUCUCAGCGCCAAUGCACGGCGCGGCCGAGAGCUUAAGCGGGCAGCUCGCAAUGCUUCCAUUGGUCCACACCUUGCAGAUCUCGACGCCAGCGAAGAGUAUUCGAUCAAGCAUGUCUCGAGGAUACCAAAUGACAAUCUCUUGCGACCGAGCACCCAGCCUGGUACACAGACUCCGAUAAGAAUCACGCACGAGUUGGCCAUCGAGGUGCGAUAUCUGAACGCACAGAACAAGCCAAGAGUGCUCAAGAUCAAGAAGGCGAUCUCGAUUGCGAGCUGCUGCUGCAUGCUCGAAUCGCUCGUACUGCCAGUCUAUGCAGCCAAAGAUCCUCGGAAAGGCAGCAUCACAACGACCGACGAUGUGCAGAAUAUAAUGAAGAAUACCUGCAUCUGCGGAUAUUCUCUGAAUAAGAUGCUCGAAGAAGAGGCAGAUUGGAUGCGCCUCGAAGUCAUGUCGGAUUCGCUGGUGACGGACGUCGAGCGCGCCUGGCCAAAGCCGCUCGAGCGGGCUACAUGA